ACGUCCUGUUUAGCUGCGAAUUUACUUGGACCUCAUUGGCUCACGUCUCUGUCAGUCACACGGGGCCUGGACAUGGCGGUCGCCGGCAGCUGGCAGCCUCCCCGGCCCUGCGAGGUCUACCGCGCCGAGUGGGAGCUCUGCCGCAGCGCCGGGCACCUCCUACACCACUACUACGUCCACGGCGAGCGGCCGGACUGCAGGCAGUGGCUGCGCGACCUGGCCAGCUGCCGCGAGUGGGAAGAGAGCCGCAGCCCGCAGGCCCAGCGAUCGCUCUGUGAGAGUGAGCAGGCACGGGUCCAGGCUGCACAGAAGCAGACCCUGGUGUGGGCCUCGAGGCAGAGACCCCCUGCAGACUGGAACCUCCCUCUGCCACAGGAGAAGGACAAGUGAUGAGUGACAAGCAAUUGCAACCGGCUCUUGACCUGGACUUUGACCUGGGAACACAUGGAAGGCAUUCCAGCUCUAACUGCCUGUUGCCCACCUGCAUCCGGGCAUCGCGCCACUGUGAUACUCUCAAAGACACCUGUGUCCACAAUCACAGGAAACCAAGCACUGUGGCCGGUACCUGUGAGCAGCCAGGUUGGUCUGUCGUGCCCAUGCCACCUCCCCUGAGAACACCCACACCACAGGUGGCAGUCCUGAGGUGUGAGAGCCUCAGGAACACAGAGGCAGCCCUGACUUGUGUGGAUAUGUGGUGCAGUAGUCAGAAAGGUUGCUAAAUGGUUCUGGUGCAGAUGGCUGUCUUUGACCAAGAGAAAUGGACCUCGAUGCCUUGGGUUUGGUGAUUACUGAGUUAUCCAAGCAUGGAGCUUGGAUAUUUGCUCAGCUGCGCUGGAGAUACAGUAGAGCAUGCUCAGUGGGCAGGGCAACUUACCCCUCUGCAUCAGCAACGUUUGCUGGUUUUACAGACUUUUAAAACAAAAUACACACAGCCUUGAAGGAACCACAGAAUCUGGGGUCAAGAAAUCCAAGUCCCAAGCAGAAAGUCCGACUUCAAGUCCAAAAAAUAUGGGAUUGAGGCCUCCUGAUUCUUCCUUGUCAUGAAUGUAUUAAAAGCUGUUUUGCAUGUUUCAUUCCAAAAGCAACCUGAAAAUUAAAGCCACGUUUGUUACACUUUC